AUGUCUUUUCCCCAGGAUUCUCGUCGUCGUCGCGGUGGAGCCGGCACCGGUUUCAGCUCGACAGGCAGACGAACAGCCAUGGGCUACUGGAUUCCCUUGGCUCUCACUGUGGGAGUUGCGACACUGAGCAUUGCGGCCUGGAUAUGGAGUGAACGUGACGAGGACGACGAAGGUGACCGCCCCCACGAUGGGCAAGAUGGUCAUUACCCCCCUCCACCUCCCGGUACCGUCGGCAGCGACUAUCCUCCUCCUUCAUACGAUACUGGGGACUAUGCGAGAGGGCCAGGGACGGGUUCAGCACCCGGCGAUAACCCUUAUGAUCCUAGCUUCAUGGGUCGUAUGCAGGGUGCUUUGCGCCGAACCCCGAGUCCCCAACAGCUCUUCGACGGAGCCAGCCGGAGAGUCAUGGCUGGCGUAACUGCGGCUGGUGCCUAUGUUGGUGGUGCACUCACUUCGAUUCGGGAAGAAAACCGUGGUGACUUUGAAGAUCACACGAGAUGGUCUGAGGAGGCACAAUCCCGGGCUACCCAGAGAGAUCAACAAACCGCUGCUGCGCCGACUAUGAGCGGCGCGCUACCGAGCCGUGCGCCACCUACUGGCCAGAACACGUUUGAAAAGAAGAAGAAGACCGUUGCUAUUGUUGUGUCGUCUCUUACCCCAUUGGAUUCUGACGAAUUCGCCUCGGAACACGCGUCUAUUCUGUCUCAUCUCCCCGAACAUGUUGAUCUCGAUACUUCUCGAAUCUUUGUUUUGAUUUAUGCCCCGGAUCUCAAGCAUGCGAUUGGACAAGGUAGUGCGUCUCACCAGACCACCUCCAUUGCGUCCUCCUAUUCCAACAUUGCAACCGAGGAGGCAAAUUCUUCAGCUGAAUUGAUUGGGGAUCCGACCAACGUGGAGCCCCGUCAAGAUGACGAUAUUGAUGGCACAAGCCCGCUCUUCAAGACUUUGUACACUCAGUCCCAGGCAAUUGUUGAAAAGGAGACCAUGAUCAUGCCAUUCAACACAGCCGGCGGCUACGUCCACCUUGUUCGCCAUCUGUCACCUGACUUGGUCUAUGUCCAAGAAUCUCUGACUGGCAAUGAGGGUGACGCUGUCCAGCACAUCUCCGGUUGGGUUCGCCAGGUCAUUGUCGUGGUUGGUGAUGAAGGUGGCCGCGGCGGUCUCAUUGACAGCGAUGACGAAUCUGCUCUUGCUGAUAAGGGAGAGAAAUGGUGGCAAAAGGAGGGCACCAUUGGCAUCGGUAAGCGCAUUGACGUCGUCGACGCUCUCCGUGUAGGAGACGACUGGCGCCGCCGAGUGCGUGGGUUGGACUAA